AUCGCUGAGUGUGAGCAGCGUGUCAUCAGUGUCAUCAGCAUCAUCCAGCAGCAGCUCGGUGCGAAGCGCAGACUCAGAUGACAUGUAUGCUGACCUGGCCAGCCCGGUGUCUUCUGCCAGCUCCCGCUCGCCAACACCGAAUCACUCUCGCAAGGAGCGAGGGCCGCGGGACCGGCCUCCACAUGGCAGAGACAGGAACAGGGACAGACCGUCAAAGAAGGAUGAAUCCUUCAGGGAGGACCGCAGAAAGAAUGAGUCAUCUGGUCCCCCAUCUAGAGGAGGCAACCCCAUGCCCAGAUCAGGGCCUGGUAGCAGGGGUGGCCACCCAGGACACCCCCCACCUGGAUCCAUGGGACCCCCAGGAAGCUACGGAGGUUCAGGUUCUCACAAGGACAUCAAACUCACCCUCCUCAAUAAGGGCGAUAAAGGCAGCAGAAAGAGGUACCUGCCUUCAGACAAAGACAGGCCGGGCUCUCCCCUCAGCAAGAGAAUGGCUCUGUCUCCAGACAGAGGCCGUGAUAAGAGGAUCCCUGGUCGACCCCCACUUUCCCCUCGAAUGGAUCGGUCCAGAGGGCAAGGGCCCCGACCCAUGCCCCCCCAGGGAGACAGGUUCGUGCAACCUCCAGCAUGCUGUCACUGGACUGUGACAUUUAAUCUCGUACACUUUGUCACACAACAGAAGUCAAAAAUAGUUGGGGCAUUAAGCUGGAAGGGUGGAACUUCUAACAUCAACUUUUCAGUCUGACACAUCGUCCUUAUCAUCACCGCUCAUCAUGUUUGCUCACCAAAAUGAGGAACAUGCCACAGAAGUGGAAGCACACAGACUUAGCACCUUCUCUGUAUAAUAUUUAUAAUAAUAUUCACUGGCUCUUGUACAGAUUCCCCUGUAUGAAAUAGGUAGUUUGUUAAAAUGUCAGAGCACUCUGGAGAAAAAAAAAACGCCGAGUGCAGUACCUUUUGUUAAGGUGGUCACACAUGGCCUUAAACGCUCUUGUUUUGGGGAACAAUUAAAAAUACUGCCGAUUAAAAAAAAAAAAAAAACAGGAUGUCAACAAAAAGUCCCUUAAAAUAUGUUUUCAAUCAUGUUUUGUCUUGUUGCAUUUUUAAUAGUUGAGUGUGGUGUCUUUGGGUAUUUUACCGCUGAAACGAAUGCUCCACUAUUCUGCACUGUAAUCAUGGUCAGCAAAUCCCAUUAACACACCAAAACCAACAGUAUUUUAAUGCGUGUCUUUGGACUUACCAACCUUCUUACCCACUGCCCACUGAAUCCCCAUGAAGACAUGAAUCUUUAUAACAAAAUAAAAAAAAAAUCAUAAGGACACAGUUUCAUUUAUUAAAAAAAAAAAAAAAGAAAAAGCAAAAAAAGCUCAGACAUUUCCUAACACUGAUAGAAUUGCACCAGCAAUUUGUAAAUGCAUUUGUGUAAAGUCCUUGCCAACUACUGUGUGGUUUCAAAAUAAUGAUUUACUAAAUGUGUGUGCACCCUUAAAAAUUUUGUUUCAACCUUUUCACAUUGUUUAAACUAUUUCCAGCUGUGCAUUAAUUCGGGUUUUUUUACAUAAGUGCAUAUUUGAAUCAGCACAUUAUGUAUCAGGUAUGCACGAUUCGGUCAAAAAAAGAAACAAACAGUUUUGUGUGUAUUCAUUUGAGAUGGACCCUUAUAUUCAGCUGUUUGAUUAUUCGUUUAUUGGGUAGGUAUUCAAUUUU